AUGCAGGACUCCUCACUCGGUACCACCGACACCAUCUCUCUCCCUCCCGCUCUCUCUCGCUUCGCUCUCUCUCUCGCGCGCUCGCUCUCUCUCCUGUCUCAAGCUCAAGCUCAAGCCCAAGCUCAAGCUCAAGCUCAAGCCCAAGCUCAAGCCCAAGCUCAAGCACAAGCCCAAGCCAUGCAGAGCUACUUAGCUUCCCACACUUGGAACAACUGCCUGUCCCAAUGGCAUGCCAUGUCCUCCCUUCCCGGUUCCCAAAACAUGGCAGCCGGCAGCAUGUCCUCCCCUACCCUCAAUGCCAAUCAACUCAACCCCAUUGAUGGCACCAAAGCCACGCAAAUGUAUCAAGAAUACGCCCGUCAAAUGCAAGCCAUGUCCAUGCACUCUUGGAACCAGGCCUCGCAAUCUUUUCCGACUUCGAUCUCCGCCUCUGCCAAUGGCGUCCAAAACAACAACCAAAACAGCACCAAGGAGCAACACCAGAUCAAGCCCGAGGUCAAGCCCAGUGCAAGUACUGUACAGCCUGCCACAACCAUGGCAGUAGCCGCCUCUGCUCUCGGUGCCAACGCCCCCAACAUGUUCAACCCUUAUGGCCUCAACAUGAUGUAUCCCGUCAUCAAUCCACAAAUGAUGAUGGGCCUGGCCGCCCUGGCGAGUCAGAUGCCCAUGCCCAAUCCCAACGCCAACAGUGUGCGACCCUCAUCCACGUCCAUCCACCAGUCCAUGCCAAGCUCUGUUGUCAAACCCUCUUCAGCCAACCAGCUGCCCACGAAUGCUGACACAGCUGCCGGUCGUCGUCGCCACAGUGCCGCCAAUCCCGGGUCGGGCCGACGUGGUGUCACCGCCACAUACAUUGUCACUCCUGCCGGCCGCCGCUAUCAAUGCACCUACUGUGCCAAACUCUUCACUUGCAGUUCAAACUGCGUUCGGUACGCCACCUUUCGCUGCAAAUGUACCUCGCUUGCAUCCACUCCCCUUGCUUUGAUCCUGAUCCUUCUGCGUCUCACCCUCUCUUGCCUGCCUCCAUCCCCCUCUGCUAUCCACCCCUGGCAGCCACCAACGGCUACAUACCGGUGGUAA